AUACGAACUUGAAGACAUGCAAGCUCGACAAAGACCCUUGCCUGAACCAAGGCUACAUGGGCCCCGCCUGCAAGUGCCUCUGCCCGCCUGGCACAAAGGGCAAGAACUGUGAAGUUCUGAAGAUGUCUUAUGAAGAUGCGAUGCUGAAAUUAUUCUGGCCAAAUUCAACCAAGAUUACAAAGCCCAAUACGGUGGUCCAGACCCCAGGAUAUCCUGACGCUGUCAACUCUGAAUUGGUGAUGGACAUCGUGCUGCAAGCCGGCAAGUGUGAGCGAGUCGUGCUGACGUUUGAGGGCUUCAGUGUCAUGGAGCGCUCAGCCCAAGGCCUUUGCCAAUCUGAUAAGCUGGCAAUCAAGUCAAAAGUCGACGAUGCAAGCCCUAGGACUUUCUGCGGCAAAGAAAUCUUGCCUGGCCAAGUGUUCAAGAGCGACCAGAGCCUCUUGAUUCUCUCGUACCACGGCUUCAACUACGCGGGAGUCUGGGGAAACAACGGUGGAACUACCGGCUGGAAGGCCUUGUUCACCAAGGAACGCAUACCAGGCUGCACGGGUUGAGUGAUAGCAUCCCUUCUUCCUAACCAAGCAGCUAAAUUGUCAGAUGUCAACGCGAUUUCAACAUUGGAAAAUGGCGGUGAUUCACUUUUCAUUCUAAACUAUUAUUCAAUGUUAUUUCAAAGAAGCGAAUUUUAUAGUUUCAACGAUGAUUCAAAGUGACAUUGCUUGCUGGGUAGAAGCCUAUGAAGUCAAGUACUUAAAGUCCUUGCACCGAGUGUCCAUAGCAACUGCGUAAGCAUGCUCACAUUUAGGAUGGUCAUUCUGCAUCUGACCUAACCCAUUCCGGCCUAACUUUUUCUGACCUAACCUACACAAAUUGCAACACUUCUCUACCCAGACAAACUUUAUAGCGUGUUAUUUGAGUGGUUAUUAUUAUUUACAUGGUAUUAUUUGCAUGUACUGAUCGCUUGGCUAGGUGUUUCUUUGACAAUCUAUACCUCCUCCACCGAAGACAUUCCAAUGGCCAUCAGCUACUCACGAAUUCAAGUCAAUUUAUUUAACAUGCAUAUUCUUGUACGCGGAAUAUUCUUCAAGAAGAUUAACCUUUCUUUGCAGCGCAGGGGAAGACGAUAUAUAAAAAUGUGUGUGUUUUGAAUAAAGGCAAUUGUAGCUACACUUCAAUAAUAUUAUGUUCAAAUUGUUCCCUAGCAAAUUCAAUUGGGAAAAAUUUAUGAGAAAAUUCGCAUGCGAGCGCAGGCUUUCCCGGCUGACUAAAACUAAAGUUCUUAUUAUGUGACAGGGGCCGGAGUUUAGGGUCCAGCUGCUCAGAGUUGUCAGUUCUUCUCUUGCUAAUUCUCUGUUAUCUAAUUUCUUGUCGUGUGUUUUUUGAUGUUUCUCCCGCUCAUUUAUAUUAAACCCUGAAUUGGCUCUACCAGCUUGUUGGUUUUUUUUUCUUAAAUUUGGUGUGCAUCUCUAAGCAAUGAUUGUAACUCGUUCUUUUAACGAGAUUUAAUGCAAUAAAGCGA